AUGGCCACACCGCAGCUUGCCGCCUUCAAGGUCCCUGCAAUCGAGAAUGAGCCUAUGAGGAGCUAUGCUCCCGGCUCGAAGGAACGUAAGGAUCUUGAAGAUGCCUUGAAACAGAUGGAGAAGGAGCUGCCAUUCGAGGUGCCGUGUGUGGUGAACGGGCAACCCGUCAAGACCGGCAAGAUCGCUCAACAACCCAUCCCGCACAGCUACGCGAAGCAUCUGUGCUCCUAUCAUGAAGCAGACCAGGCCACGGUCGCCGCGGCCAUUGAUGGUGCAGUGGCAGCCAAGGCUGAAUGGGAGGCCAUGCCGUGGAAUGACCGUGCUGCCAUCUUCCUGAAGGCAGCUGAUCUCGUCAGCGGCAAGUAUCGCUACCAGCUAAUUGCGGCGAGUAUGCUGGGACAGGGCAAGAAUGCCUGGCAAGCUGAGAUUGACGCUGCUGCGGAGCUCUCGGACUUCCUGCGUUUCGGUGUGAAGUAUGUGGAGGAGCUCUACGCUCAGCAACCCCCGAAGAACUCUGCGGGCAGUUGGAACCGGGUCGAGUACCGCGCUCUCGAAGGGUUCGUGCUCGCGGUAUCACCGUUCAACUUUACCGCCAUUGGCGGCAAUCUCUCAGGAGCACCGGCACUGGUGGGAAACACCGUUGUGUGGAAACCAUCACCUAUGGCGGUAUAUGCGAACUAUCUGACCCACAAGAUAUUCCUGGAGGCCGGUGUGCCAGCGGGUGUCAUCCAGUUCGUCCCUGGGCCCGCCGAGGAGGUCGUCGGGCAAGCCAUUGCAAACCCAAACUUCGCCGCGUUACACUUCACUGGCAGCACGUUCAUCUUCAAGAAGCUCUGGAAGGACAUCGCCUCGAACUUGGAUAAGUACAAGGGCUACCCCCGAAUCGUCGGCGAGACGGGUGGGAAGAAUUUCCAUGUCAUUCAUCCCUCUGCCGAGAUGAAGAAUGCGGUGUUGCAGAGUAUCAGAGGCGCUUUCGAGUACCAGGGCCAGAAGUGCUCAGCGCUCUCUCGUCUCUAUGUAGCUUCCUCCAUCUGGAAGGGUGGCUUCAAGGAUCAACUGCUUGAAGGAGUCGCGAGCCUCAAAGUCGGCCCUCCCACCGACUUCACGAACUUCAUCGGGCCGGUUAUCGGCCGUCCGGCGUUCCAAAAGGUGACAGGUUAUAUUCAAAAGGCGAAGGACGCGGGCGGUGAAGUCCUGAUCGGCGGCUCCUCGGAUGAUUCGGAAGGCUUCUUCGUACAGCCAACCGUCAUCCUGACCACUGAUCCCCACUUCGUCACGCUGAAAGAGGAGAUCUUCGGCCCCGUUUUGACGGUGUAUGUAUAUGAUGAUGCUGACUACGAGAAGACCCUUGAUCUGAUCGACACCACAUCACCGUAUGCCUUGACCGGGUCGAUAUUCGCGCAGGACCGCAAGGCUCUGCUCAAGGCUACCAACAGACUGCGCAACGCGGCCGGCAACGUCUACUACAACGAGAAGUGCACGGGUGCCGUUGUUGGGCAGCAGCCGUUCGGUGGUGCGCGCGCGAGCGGCACGAACGACAAGGCCGGGAGCAUGUCGAUCUUCUACCGCUUCGUCUCGGCAAGGAGCAUCAAGGAGAACUUCGUCGGCCUCGAGAACUACCUCUACCCGUCGAACUUGGCUUAG